AUGGAUCCUCCGGGGCAGCCUGACAACAAACGCCCCCGUUACUCGAGCACCAACUCGUGGUCACCAACCGGCGGACAGCAACAACACCACUUACCACCACUCCACCCGCCGCCCUCGCACCCGUCGACGCCGCACCAGGCCCAUCCUCCUCCGCCUCAUCAACACGCGCCGCCUGCGCCAUAUAACCACCAGCAGCCCCCGCCACCGUACCCUCCUCGCUCCGUCGAGCCUCACCACCCUCCUCAGCCGGCGCCGCAACAUCAUCCCGACGACCGACGACACCAUGAGCAAGAGCCCCCUUACACGCCGAUGCAGGACCACUAUCGACACCCGCCCUCACCUGCGCACCCGACUUACCCACCGUUCCCAAACCGAGACCCUGGCGGCGUGAAGAGGGAGCCGCACGACGAGAACCUAUCCCAUCCACGACGGCCUCACUCGACAGGAGGCGGGCCACAGGAAGGCCUCCCUCCUCCGCCGCACUCGGCGCCGCCGCACUCUGCGCCGCUGCACCCUUCCCACCAACCGUACCCCGACGACUCCCGACGACACAUGAGCUACGACAACGGGCCACAGCAGAUGCCCCCCACGCCGGGGGGCUACCGAAGCAGUUUUCCUCCUCCCCCUCCCAUGGCCCAACCCCCGCCACCUCAGCAUUACGAGCAGCAACCCCAAUACCAACCGCAACCCCCUCCAGAUGCGAUCUAUAGUGGUAUUCAGUACUCUUCCACCGCCAAGCGCAAGGCAACGAGAGCUUCUCAGGCUUGUGACAGUUGCCGGCAGCUAAAGGCAAAAUGCGACGAAACCAAGCCUUGCAAAAGUUGCAGAGAAAAGGGUGUCGAGUGCAAAUAUCGUGAUCCUAUUCCAAAGGCGAUUGACAAGGGACAAACCGACAUUCUGGAAGCAAUUUCUGAGAUGAAGAGCGCAAUAGAGGCCAAAUUUGAGGCGCAAAUUGCGGCCCAGACAAGGUGGAUGCACAGCAUGGAACACACCUUAAAAGUGCAUAAUAUCAAGAUGGAAGCCGAGGGGCCGCUUUCCGACCAUUCCCCAGCCGACAAGUCGCUCGUCAAGUCGCCAUCGCCAGUUGCCGCACCGCCUGUGGAAGAUUACCCCCCACCCGACGAAGAGAUGGACGAGCCGCAGCCAAUGGCUGUCGGCGAGACGGACUUGGCCCAUCAGAUGCACGACACGGAUAUGGACAACGACGAUGUGCCAGACGACCCGCCCGGGCCACCUGUGGCGCCGGGAGCACCUUCGAUCCCCGCCAACCAUACCACUAGAGCCGACACCAUAUUGUUCUGGCCGGGCGUCAAAGAGAUCACUCAAGGAAUUCUGGAGAAGGAGAAUGUCAAGUACCCUCAAGAGUACCCCAUCGCCCAGGAAGAGAAGCGCGGUGUUCUCCGACUCUACGGCCGUGGUGAAGGAAGUGGGCAAGACCCCAGCCGCGGCGUUCAAAACAUUCCGGCUUCAGAGGCCUUCGGAACCAUGGACACUCUGGAUGACAAUUUCUCCGAGACUGGAAACUCGCCCUCUCCUGGCGAGGCUUGGGGCCAGGUCGGAGUACCGAGCCCGUCAAGCGUGGGAUAUUCCAGUACCACACUCGUAGACGGCGCUCCGGAUUUCUCGGAAGAAAAGGUCAAGUCAUAUAUCAAUAGCUUCGAGAACCACAUUCUCAGCCUGCACCCGAUCAUUCUGCCGGGUGACCUCAGAAAUCUGGUCAGGCGCUUCCUGGACAACAUUGCACAAAACGAGAAGAAGGCGAAGCCGACAGCUCCCGGCGUCGCCAAGUUUGUUGCGCCGACGAGCAGCUACCCGGAAAUGUCAAACAAGCGGAAGCGAUCGUCGCCAGCACUAGAUCAGCCGGAAGAAACUAUCCAGGUCUCCAAGAAGCCAGGUAGGCCGCAUAGGACGAUCGAAAACGCCCUCGUAUUGGUCAUCCUCGCGCUGGGCAAGAUCUGCCAGCACCAGUCCAAGAUUCCGGACCUGCCUCGGGAUAUGGUGGAGCAUAGCCAAAACUCCCCCAUGAACAGGAACGGAUAUCCGUCUUCCCCCGGUGCCCAGGCAUCCCCUCCGUCAUAUUCUGCGCACUCUCAAUCGCCCAAAGAGCAGGCCAACAGCCAUUCCAGCAGACGGCCUUCGUUGCAGGGCAGCGGCAGCAGCGUGAAGCCCGGUUCACUCAAGCGCAAUUACGACAUAAUACCUGGUCUGGAGUACUUUGCCUUCGCCUCUGAUAUCAUGGGCAACCACAUGGCUGGCUGGACGAUGAAGCAUGCCCAGACGUUCAUCUUUGCUGGUCUGUAUCAUGGUCAGCUAGGCAGAGUACUGGAGAGUGACGCCAUGUUCUUCAACGCCGCACGAGCUUUGAACAUGAUCAUGCGCCGUGACAUGGAUCGUUUCUCGAAGAUGAGUCUGGAUAACCCCGUGGAAAAGAAGCGUGACAACCUAGUCCUCCUCGCAUAUUGGAGUUGCUUGCAGCUUGAAAGUGAUAUUAUUGCGGAACUUGAACUUCCACGAUCGAGAUGUCUCGACUACGAGUACCUUAUGCCUUGGCCCAACAUGAAGCUGAUGGAGAACGACUUUUCUGUCAGAGUACGAGAGUCUUAUAUUGGACAGCUGUACUUGCGCAAGACGUUGAACACCAUCCACAACUUGCUCUACGACCCGAAGGAGCAACAUUUGUCGAUCCAUGCAAAGAUGAGCAAGGUACACACUUUGGAGGAACAGCUGAGAAGCAUGGCGUGGGUCUCGACAGACUUCCGCUUCGACGAGAAUGACCCGCCCGCAAACGACCUGAUCGACGCCAGAUUGCGUGCCAAAUACUGGGGCGCUCGAGUCAUUAUCUACCGGCCAUUUAUCAGAUUCGUUUUGGAGGUAUCAGACAGGUUGAAGCAACGAUCCGAUGGGUCCGACAUGCUUAACAAGGAGACGGUAGGACACAUUGGCGUCUUCACUCAACACGACGCAACCGCAUUUGUGGGGCAAGGGUCUCACGGGAUCCGUCGGCACGACGAGCUCGACUCGGAAGUCAAAGCCUAUGCCGAAAGAGGAAUCAAGGCGCUUAUCCAGAGUACUCAAGCCUUUCAUGGCGUUGACAACAAUCGACUUCUCGUCACCAACAUUUUCGGUACAGCUCAUGCGCAAUGGGGCAACCUUUUGAUUCUGGCAGCAGCGUUCCGGGAUCCGUACCUACAUCACCUCGUGCCGAGGGAGCUACUCAAGACCUUGUUCCGGCGGACCAUCAGCAUGCUCGACAAGCAUGCCCAGUCAUCCAGCUCCCUGACUAUUGACAUGCACAUUCUGCAACACAUUGAGAAGGAGCUCUUUGUUGAAAACCCGAGGGUCGGCUCCAGCAGCUUCGGCAGCACCAACAGCCACACUGGGCCGACGAUUCCCCCGCCUCCGCCACCCACGUCUGCGCCGUCGGCCCAUCAUCACCAUCACCAGGGCCCAAUGUCUAUGGCGUACGCUGUCGAACCUAAUCACCGCAGCGCGGACAACUCACCGAACCAGGGGCACCGCUUGUUGAGCAAUGGAUCGGGUCACGCGCCGAAUCACGGUCAGAGCUACCACGGACACCCUAUGCAGAUGUAA